AUUCUUUGAAACGGGGGUUUGAUGGGGCUGUUUAUUAGGUUAAACACAUUAAAAAUGAGAUUUUAAUACGAAAAAAAAAUAUUUAUUCGUGUUACCAUAAUUUUAUCUACAUAUUUUAAAUAAAUAAAAACAGGAUUAACAUAAAUAAUGUGGGCCUAUUUUCCUUCCAUCUGAUCUGAGAUUGUGAGUGCGAUGUAAGAUAAAAGAAGUCAUGGGUAGUCUCCACGUCCGCAUUCCGCCGCCGUGGAACCACAACGUCCGGCGGCUCCACAACCAAGAGCCACAACAACCCUUGUGCCAUUUCCCAUCUGCAAGUUUAAGCAAGCAAGGCCAGCGGUUCCUCAGGUCUCUGGUAGUCACACGAGACUCCAAAACGGCCAACCGUUUGAUAAGUAAAUUUGUUGCAUCGUCUCCUCAGUUUAUAGCUCUCAACGCCCUCUCUCACCUCCUCUCUCCUCACUCCACUCACCCCCACCACCUCUCCUCUCUCGCUUUACCAUUGUACUUGAGAAUAACUGAAGAGUCAUGGUUUAAGUGGAAUCCGAAGCUAGUUGCUGAGCUCAUGGCGAUGUUAGUUAAACAGGGAAAGCAUGAAGAGACUGAGGCUUUAAUGUCUGAAAGGGUAGGAAAAUUGGAGUUUCGAGAGCGGGAACUGGUUGUUUUUUAUGGGAAUUUGAUUGAUUCUUACUGUAAAAAUGAUUUGAAAGGUGAGUUUCAUGAGAUUUGUGGUCGUUUGGGUGGGCUUAUAAGUGAUUCUUUUUCUGUUUAUGUAAAACGCCAUGGUUAUAAGUCGAUGGUUAGUGGUUUAUGUGAGAUGGGUCAGCCCCAUGAAGCUGAGAAUCGGGUUGAAGAGAUGAGAGUUGAAGGACUCAAGCCAACUGGGUUUGAGUUUAGGUGUCUUGUUUAUGGGUAUGGGAGAUUAGGUUUGUUUGAAGAAAUGGAGAGAUGUGUUAAGAAAAUGGAGAGUGAAGGGCUUGAGGUUGAUACAGUUUGUUCGAAUAUGGUUCUCUCUUCUUAUGGGGCUUGCAAUGAGCUUUCGAGAAUGGUUUCAAUGCUGCAAGACUUGAAUGAUUUUCCGGUUUCGAUAACAAAGUUGACAGGGAGUUUGAAUGGGGAUGAGGUUCAGUUGGUUGAAUCAUGUGUUUUGAAUGAGGCGAUGGAAUGGAAUUCCAUGGAAGUAAAGCUGGAUUUGCAUGGUAUGCACUUGGGUUCAGCCUACUUGAUAAUGUUGCAGUGGAUGGAGGAGAUGAGAUUCAGGUUUAGUGAUGGAAAUUAUGCGAUUCCAGCAGAGGUUACUGUGGUUUGUGGAUUAGGAAAACAUAGCAGUGUUAGAGGGGAAUCCCCAGUGAAAGCUAUGGUUAAAAAUAUGGUGAUUCGAACAAAUUGUCCACUGAGAAUUGAUAGGAAUAAUAUUGGUUGUUUUGUUGGCAAAGGGCAUGUUGUUAAAAACUGGUUAUGUUGAUCAAGAAAUGAUAUUGCUGUUAAGAAUUUGGUCUCAUAAAGGCUUUCAUUUAUAUAUUUGAUAAUGC